CAGAUGGCGAGCUUAGCAUUCUGCUGCCCCCCGUUGAAGAUGCCUGGGUCUGGCUGCCUGUUCUGUGGCGCAAUCUCAAUCUGCAGCGGCUGGGCUGUGAGAUUGGCAAGGAGAGCCUCCUCGACCCCAACACCAAUUGCGCCAACGCAUUCUACUUGACCUAUGGCAUUGCCCCCGCCAAUACGAUGACAGACACACCCUCGCAUCGACACACGCCUGUGUCACCUACAUCGCACCCACUGUCGCCCACAUACGCACCAGAGCAACACCACAACUCAGACAACACCACCAGCGACGGCGAGUACACUCCUUGGAGACACGCACGCGAGUCCCUCAGCACCAGCGUAGCUACGCUAGGCGGCUACUUCUCGUCACUAUCAAUCCUAUACCUACACACAAUCGCGCCCACACCCACCCGGUCACGCUCGGACACCCUUGCACCCGGCCCGGAAAACCUGUACGCAGGUACAUACACAAACGAGCACCUGAGCGACCGCACGCGCCGACAUACACUGCCGAGUACUACCUUGGUACGGCAGAACACGCAUCCCCUCACCACAUCCACAGCCCAGGCACAGGUACAUGCACAGGCACAGGUACAUGCACAGGCACAGACACAGACACUGGCCAAUCCAGCCAAGGGACAAAGACACACGCGCACCAGCAAACACACUCAGACACCCAGUACAGCAAGCCCGGGUGCACCCACCGAGACGCACACCCAGGGUCGUGCACCUGUCUCGAUCGGUCCCAUUGAGAGAGGUUCUGGUGCUGGGGCUGGCUCGGGGGCUGCGGUGGUGCAAGCCACAGCCGCGGGUGUGGCGCUAGAGAAGGCGGUGCGUGAGAUUGUGAGAGAGAUCCAACUAUUGUUGCGCCUGCUCGACUAUCUCAGCCCGCUGGUGGCCAUUGAUGGGCUGAUUACCGCACCAGUAACCAUGGCAACCAGGCAGUUCCAGAAGAAAUACAACGAGGAGAGCCGACAGACCCAUUUACAUACCCUGUCGUCGCCCCUACUUAGGUCUAUCAAUAGUAAGUCUGCUCUCUACUGUUAG